AUGGGAAAUAAUAUCACGCGCGUUCCUGAGCUAGCGUCGAGCCCGAUCGACGCCGCCGCGCGGGGAUAUUUGUGGACGGAAAACGGCAUUAGUGAAGCUCAUUCGAAUGAAACUCCGCCGAUGCGAGCGCUAAGCUGCAACGCGGAUGCGGCGUUUCUCUCCGACGAGGAGGCGGCGCGGCGAGAGAAGCUCGGGAUUCUUCUCGUUCAGCUCGGUGUGGCCAGCGAGGAGGCGAUCUUUGGCUCCCACAACAGCGAGACGAUGCGCGACUUCCGGGAGCACCGCAUUCCGGAUUUGUUGAGAAUUCCGCCACAGCCAGGCCCUGACAUCUGCACGCGUGCGUUUUUGAAACUAUGGAAGUGGGUGGCUCCUCGAUGGCAGAUGGGGCGGGCGAGAGCGCGUAGCAAAUCCCCACCUGUCGCCGCCCAUUUUUCCGUCAACACGGCGCGAGCUGAAGAAGAGGAAAAGGGGGAAAAUAAUAAACAAAAAGAAAAGGAGGAGGAAGAAGAAGUGGAUUUUGCAGAGGAGGCUGCAAAGGGGUGGGGAGAAGGCCCUUUAGGAAACGCCCCGAUCUUAUCGCACACGCGGCGAAAGCGGAGCGCCCUCCCUCAGCUCACGUUGAAACCCCUCAGUGAUGACGAGGUGGAUUCGUUGACGCCCGCGGCGCGGAAGGAUCGCGAGGUCGUCCUCCAGGAAGAGGUUCAAAUCCACAAGCUGCUGCAAAGUAUCGAGGAUACGCGGUAUCGAUACCUCGUUCCCUCCCGCGAGAUGAUCUGCGAGCCGCAGGUGAUGGCGGUGGCGAAGUGUUACGAGGAAAAGAACGCGAGCGCGCAGAAGAAGCGCGCGGCCAUGAAAAAACAGCUUGAGAUGAACGCCAGAAGAAGGGUGAAAAAAAACGUCGAAGGGGAGGAAACGGAAGCGCCGAUCGUCGUUUUUGACGUGCUGGCGUGUGCAAAGGUAGUGGAGGAGCUGAAGACAUGCACCGCACGUAUGGUAGAGGCGUAUAGCGCUAGAGAACUAUAA